CGCCAGCGCGUUCGAGGACUCGCUUCGCGCGAUCCGAGCGAGCGUUGCCCGCAUGGACGCCACGGUCCAAAUCUUUCAAGACGAGAUGGCCGACGCAGACGACAUGGUCCAGCUCAUUCGGCUGCGCUGCGCGCACGCCCAGGACGUGUUUGGACGACUUGUCCACACGAGCGCCCUCACGAUUCAACGCUGUCUGCGGGGCUUCUUUGGGCGACGGGUCUUUCGACGCUGCGUCUUUGAUCGGGCGGCGCGCGCCAUUCAGCGCAUGGUGCGGCACCGUCGCGCGCGGCGUCUCGCGCACUACACCGUCUUCAAAGCAACCAUGGCCAAUACGAUUCUCGGCCUCCGGACGUUCAACAAGUACAUGCGGGCGCACCCCGGAACGGAUCCGUCGAUCGUGUACGGCCAGAUCCGCGCGUCGAUCAAGAUCCAGCAGCGCUGGCGGGCUGCGUACCUCACCGUGCGCGCGCGGCACGCCGAGAUGGCCGCCGUGCAGCGAAAGGACCGCGUGCGGCAGCGCUUCCAGCGGUUCCUCUCUACGUUUGCGCUUGUCUACAACAUUGUCCGCUUUUGGCGCCGCGCCACGAUAUUUCAUUACUUUACAGUGCCGACCUACAAGGCAACGCGCCACAGCAUCCUCUCGGGGCUCCAGCACUGGCGUCACGUGGCUUUGUUUCGCCCGACGCGGCGCAGCGCAGUCUCGUUCCAGGGCUCGGACGCCUUCUCCAAGGCCGCCCGCGCCAUCCACGCCGGGUCGUCGUUUGGAAAAGAGCCCAAGGCGUGGUAUGCGCGGCACUCGGUGCGUAUGAUGGACGACCGUGGCCGGCGCAAGUCGACCUUUACACCGGUCGUCGAGACGGCCGAGCCGACGCUGCAACUGCAGUCGACAUGCCGCACGCUUUCGCUGCCUGGCACGAUCGCGCUUGGCGAGUGGCCCGGGCCUGAUGACAGUCACGACGUGCCGCUCAUCGUCGUCACAACCGCACGGCCCUCGGUGACGACCGUUCCGACUGAGUUUCACUUGUCGACUUCGCGCACCAAGCCGGCAAAGGACCCGGUUUCGCGGAGCGUCGCCCGCGAAAGACAAGUACAGUUUGCUCAAACCGUCAAGGACGCCAACCAGCGGCGCCGUCUCGCUGUCGUUGCAGCCAGAGCCAAGAAGGAGGUGGCCGCCAACGAAGAGCUCCGUGCUCGCCAAGCAAAGGCCGAAGCCGACAAGAUCCAGCGUGUCGAGCGCAUGAAGCAGCUCGAGAAUAACCUCGAGCAGCGCCGGCUUGCACGCCUUCGAGAGCAACAGCGGAAGCGAGAUGAAGAGGUUGCCGCUUCAAUGUGCUGA